GUGAUGAUGUACGAAACUACCUGUACAGGCGACUAUACUUAAAUGAAUCAGCUGGUCUGGAUUUGGCCGCCGCCAGUAUUGUAAGAGGCAGAGACCACGGAAUUCCAGGUUACACGUACUAUGUUGCCUAUUUCUUCAACAUCACUAUUCAUGAUUUUAACGACUUGAGGAAACUACUUCCCGAUAAAUCUGUGGACCUCUUGGAGGAGCUCUUUGAAUCUGUACAUGAUGUGGAUGUUUACUCAGCGGGAUUGGCAGAGUACUACGUACCAGGAGGAUUUGUUGGACCCACAUUUGGUGCUGUUUUAGGACAACAAUACAAAAGACUCAAAUUUGGUGACAGAUACUGGUUUGAACAUGCUCAUCAAGCAGGAUCCUUCACACCAGGUACAUAA